UUCCAUCUGCGAUUCGGUCUUCUGCCGCAGUGGGAAGUUAUUAGAAAGAUGCCGGAGUCAUCGACAAACACUAAAAAUGACUCUCGACCUGCUAGCGAUCCUUCCAAGCUGACAACCUGGAAAGAAACAACCUACGAGACGUUAAGCUUUGUCGGCGUGCGGCCCAAGGAGCUCCUGCUACCUGUGAGCACUAGGUUGAAGUAUAAGCCAUUACCCCAUGCUUCCUCCAUCCGACUUCUCCGCCUCCAGCCAGCCAAAGACUGGGAGGUUAUCACAUGCUCCCUUCGCAUUGUAGAAUUUUCGGAGCAACCACAGUAUCAGGCACUUUCUUAUACGUGGUCAAAAUCUUCGUUUACACAAGCUUUGAAAUCGUAUGUAAAGUUGAGGCCUGUUCUUGCUAAGACGUGGGAUUUGGCAGAACAUGGAGCACAUGGCGCAUCAGAUUUGCUGAACAGGGCAAUGCUGGGAUUGAGCAAGAAGCAAGAGGGGCUCGAGGAAGGCAUACCAUCUGAGCGGGAGAAAAGUAGGUGUAAAAUCGUAUGCGACGGCCAGGCUAUUUACGUUGGCGAAAACCUCUACGAUGCCCUGCGCGAGUUAAGUCAGAAGGACACGUCAGUUGAGUACUGGAUAGACGCUAUAUGCAUUAACCAGCAAGAUCUCACUGAAAGAAACGCCCAGGUGCCGUUAAUGGAUCAAAUCUAUCAACAGGCAUCCAGGGUCGUAGUGUGGCUUGGAACCUGCCCUUUCGUUCUGCAAUCCACCAUGAAGUCUCUUGCCGAAAUACAUCCUGAAACACCAUUGCAAGAUGAAAAAGGAAAGGCCAAGCGUCGCAGCAAAACUCACAACAUUCCUUGGAUAUACAUGUUCUCACUUGGAUGGUUCAGUCGCCUGUGGAUCAUACAGGAAUUCUGCUUCGCAAAGAAACCCAUUUUCAUGGUUGGACCUCAUGAAGUCUCGGCGAUCACCAUCAUAGAAGAUGUGUUGAAAUUUGACGAAAAGUACCGAAAGAAAGUCGAUUUCGAAAAGGAACUUGUGGAAUCUGUAUCGAAGUUCUAUGUUCAAGUGUAUCCCAUGGAUAACAUCCCACGCGCAUUAAUUCUUUUGAGCUCUAGGGACCUCAUCGCGCAAGGUAAACGGUUCUCAAUCGAAAAAUGGAGCGAGUUGUGCUCCAAGCAUGAAGCUUCCGACGCACGUGACAUGCUGUACGGUGGUCUGUCCCUCAUACAACCCGAUUCUCUCGUCAUCAAUGGUGCUUUGAAGCCACAAAUACUGGCCAGAGAUACUACCAUCGCGAGCAAUAGCGACACGGUCAGUUCACCUGCAAUGGAUCCCUCAAAUGUUGCGCUAUGGUCUGUCCUUCAUGCGGAUUACAAUGCCUCCGUUUCGUUUGUAUUGUUAAAUCUUGCGGCAUGCCUACUGUCCCGUUCCAAUAGCCUCGUCCUUCUAUCGCUGGCAUCUCGGUUCCCAACGCUUGACUCUGAUGAGGUUGUCGUUUCACUUCAAGGGCAGAUCGACGUUAAAGUGGAAGACCCUUUCCCCAGCUGGUAUCCUCUGCCGUGGUCGGCGACGUCUCGAUUUGUGGAAAAUCUAGUUCAAGCAGAAGGCUCCCAGUUCUCUGCCUGUACCAACUUGAAAGCAUCUCCGAGUAUAUCUGCAGACGGCCUCUCCUUGUUUUUAGAAGCCGCCACUUGUAGUGUGUUACGGCAGCACUUGGGGCUACUUCCCAAGGGAAUAAUUUCCUAUUAUCUUUUCGAUCAUUAUCGAGAAAUCGAAGAAUCUUUCAAGAAUGAAGACUUCAAAAACGCAAGAUUCAACAAGGAGGACUUCAGAAGUUUAUGCCGAAUGUGCCUAGAUUGGAUCGAGAUCAGCAAAGAUAUCGGGGCCGAGGAUGCACUUGAGAUGUUGGCCGACGCGACUCUCGCUGGUAUGGGUAGUGCUGACGAUGAAACCGAAGACGGAGACAAUGCCAUCAGCGUCUCCAAGCGGAACAUAGCUGGCUUGUGCCAACAUAUCAGCCAUUGCAUUACCGCAGAUGAACAAUAUCUGAAGAUGAUGGAAGCAAAAACCAAUGAAAAGAAGAAGAAUAAUAUAUCAAAAUGGAUCCCAGGUCAGCGCAUGUCCAGGAUGAUAGAUUCUCGGCGCGAGGAGGCUAUGUCCCUUUUACAAGCAAUGUUACGUCAGCAAAAUGUCGACUACGCAUCGCUCAAAGCCGCUUGUCCUCAAGCACCGUGGCCCGAAACCGCUUCAUGCAAUUAUUCGAAAGAGCAGGCGGAACGUUUGUUGCAAAGAUACCACCGCCUAUACAGACAAGCGGCAAAGGGCAAAAGUCUUUUUGUCACAGACAGUGGGAAGCUUGCAGCAGCACCAGUGUGGGCUGCCAAAGAUGAUGUAAUCAUGCUAGUCGCGGGAGCUGCCGUGCCGUACAUUUUAAGACCGAAUGAACAGCACCUUACCCGGGUGAUUGAAAAGAAGAGGAAAGAUUUUGAAGAUCUAGUCAAUGAUUUGACCGCGGAAGGCAAGGCAAAGAAGAUAGCGAUCCAGCAAGACCUCGAAAAAUGCCAAUCAUCUAUGGGCCAACGUCGCGGCCAUAUUCUAAUAGGAGAAGCGUAUGUUAAGGAAAUCAUGUACCAGGAGAAGAAUACCAGCGAAAUGGAAUUCGUAAGAGUAGAAAUUAUGUAA